GAACUUAUGAUUUCCGCAAACCAUGUCAGUUGGUUUCCUAUCAGUUUCAAGUUGAAUUUCGUUUAAUCAAUACCCAAAAAACGCUAUGGCUGCACUUAAGAUUGUAGUACUGAUUUGUGCAGCAAUUUUGGCUUGUCAGGCUGCUUACAGUUCACGGCAAAGUGCAGAAUUGGCCACUCAGGCGCCGCCAUGUUAUACAGAGCUGAACCAGGAAGAAACCAAAGAGUUUCACAAACGUGCUCAAACCGGUGACGUAACUGCUGACGAUGAACAUUACAAGAAAUACGUGGCCUGUUACAUGCGCAAUCUGAAAAUCGUGGACACCGAAGGACGCAUCAAGAAACCGGAACUCAUCGAAUUCCUGGGAGAAGGUCGGGAUCCUCAUCAGCUGAGGGCCGUGGUCGAUCUCUGUGCCGAACAGAAUCAAGGCAAUACUCCGGACGAUCGAUCCUUCGACUUCCAUCGGUGCUUCUGGACCAAAAAAGAAUUCCAAAUGUAAAGAGAACCGAAUUUUUUUUGGGUCUGCCUUUAGAACCAAUGUGAGCUGAUAUAGUGUUUAUGUAGGAAUAAAAAAAUCCCUUAAAUUA